AUGGCGACCAGACGGCAACAGGAGGAGCGCAGAGACAAGCUAAACCCGCGAACACAGUGGUAUAAUAACAACGGGGCUCAGGGCGGGGGAGUGGACACAAAAAAAGAGGCUUCCAAACCAGGCUUUGGCUGGGUCCCCAUAUUCGGGGGGCUAUGGAACCGAGCCACUUUCAAACCACUGAUUACGCCAUCAGCAUGUGACAUCGACAUCCGGAAGGACCUGUACGCCAACAACGUAAUGUCCGGAGGCACCACCAUGUACCCUGGUAUCGCUGACCGCAUGCAGAAGGAGAUCACUGCUCUGGCCCCCAGCACCAUGAAGAUUAAGUCAUCGCCCCCCCCUAAGAGGAAGUACUCCGUGUGGAUCGGAGGCUCCAUCCUCGCCUCUCUCUCCACCUUCCAGCAGAUGUGGAUCAGCAAACAGGAGUAUGAUGAAGCAGGACCCUCCAUCGUCCACAGGAAGUGCUUCUAAGUGCCGGACUGCCCCCUUCCUCCCCAAGUUGAAGAAAUGCGUGUAUUGUCGUCAAAUUCUUUGUUUACACGUGUAUAUAUGGA